AUCGGGGGUGUAAGGGACAGGGUGAGCAUAUAAAAAAAAAUUCUUUAUGAAAAAUAUUUCAUAUCAUUGGGCUAUGAUAAGUUUGUCGCAUGCAACAGAUUGGAGCUAUGAAUGUUGCGCCAAAAAGUUCGUUUUUAAGCUAUGACCUUCAUAGUUUAAAUACAUUAUCGUUGUUGGAAGUCUGCCUAAUUUUUUUAUUCUUUUUUUCUUCUGUUUUGUGAAUUCCGUUUGCUAUUGGCCAGCAUGAUGUUUUCCUCAUUUGCUCGAACGCAAUGCAAUACAACGAGCGGCAUACUGUAUACCACAAGCAGGCACGGUCAAUCAAAGAGUUAGCUACGAAGGAAUUUCAGAAGAUAAGGUUAAAUUUUGUUUGCUCGGAGAAAUUUGUCAAGCCUGAGCAGAAGAUGAAAUACAGCUAUACUUUGAAUAUGCAAACGAAUGAUUCCGUGAGGAGAAUGGUGCAAGAAUCUCUCGGGUCCGACUUUUCAUGUGGAGCCACUCUUGCCACAUCAGCAGAUAUCCAUAAUGUUCCAAAUUUGCCCCAAUCUGUUGGAUUCUUUAGAACUGGCAAUAGUGAUGUUCUUUCUGAGGGCAAAUCUUUCUUGAACGACAACAAUUUAGAUAAGGGUGAAGAAUCACUGCCAGCAGCAUACACAAGAACCCCGUUUGCUCAUCAGGCGAUUGCGUCAGACUCCAUCUUCUCAACUUUCGAGGGAGAAAGCAAGCAUCUCGUUCCUGUGGGGCUUUAUUCGGAAAAUUCAUACGCUAGGAGCCUUGCUCGUUUCGCUGCAACACUCGGAACUGUUGCAUGGAAAGUUGCUUCGAAGAAAAUCGAACAGUCACUUCCUCAAGGUCUCGAGUUUGGCAGGGGUUGGAUCGGAGAGUACGAGCCACUCCCGAAUCCUCUAGUAAUGGAAGUUUCUAGAAUUUCCGAAACGGAAGCUUCCAAACACCUUGGUGAUGGGAAUGUUUUUGGUAAUAGAUUCUGUAGUAGUACAAUUGCCAGCUCAUCGUCUGCCGUGGCAAAAGCAGCUACCUAUUCUCCUCAGCCUAACGACUCGAGCAGUGCCUCUGUAGCUGCGGCCCGCGCAUGGAUGUCUGUAGGAGCUCAUGGGUUUGUGCCGGCUGGCAAAAAUGCUAAUCUGCACACGAACCAGAUAUUUCCUAAUUCUUCGUAUAAUUCAACUCCUGAUAAUGUGGCACAAAAUCGAGGAGUGAGAAGUGCUUUUGGAAGAAAUGGAAUGCAUGUUCAACCGGAAAGGAAUGAUACUCUGCUUCGCGCGUUUGUAGAUCAAAGCCCUCGAGCUUUUAGAGUAGGCAACGAAAUACAGCAGUCAAGUUGGAGGAAUCUUGGUCCACAAAUGCACUAUUGGCAGAAGCAAGAAUUACUUCCUCCAGAUUUAAAUAUCGGUUUCCAAUCAUUAGGGUCUCUCGGGUUGCCCUCGCUGCUGAUUGAUUCUCCGGAUCUUGCUCUGCAACUCUGAGAAUUUUUUAUUCAGAUAAAAGGAAGAAUGUUCGAUUUCGCUUCCCAGCUUCUAUUUGUGAAUGGAUUCGGGAGUAAAAAAAGUACAAUCUUUUGCUUUAACUGGAAAGAGAUGGAAGACUUGUAUCAUAUAACCUGUAGCUCUCGACUUUUGAAUCGAUCUUUAAUUUAUUUAAUUAGGUUUAUCGGUAAGUAUCAGAUAUAGAAAAGGAUGAUAGAUAUAGAUAGACUUUGUAAUUGCAAAUAUGGAUGAAUUUCUUUUGUUGUAAAAGUGUUGUUCGUUUCUUUGUUUGUGUUCUGCUUGCAGCUUCUGAUUGUAAUGCUUAUUGUAGUUGUUAGUUAUUGCUAACUGUGAAUUGCAGAGCAAUGGAAAUCUGUGUGUAAUUAUCGUCCCAGAUGAACAUUUUAUUGAAAUCUUUUAUAUAUAGAAUAACUAUCUUAUUAUGUAAGUUCGAUUUGAUUUCCUGGUCGAAAAACAAGAAAUGACUCUGCCACGACCGAUAAUUUAUUCAAACUCCAGACAAGUUCCCAGUAGAUCAAUGAAAUACUGAACUGAAAUUCGAUAUAUCAAUGAUUUUAUAAUUCUCGUUUCAAAUCUUCAAAUUUUAGUCCGUCUUCUAUCAUAUAAAAUAAGAUUGAAUAGAGUAAACCCCUCAACAAAAUAGAGUAUUAAUAAAUAUAUACCACGAAUCGAAGGCUUACUUCAAAAAGACAUUAACUUAGUAAGGUGAAAAUGGAAUGAACUUCUCUUAAUACCAUGACCUCAAACCUUUGAUCUUGUCGAAGCCCGAGAAAACGGGAUCCGGAUGCUUUGUUUGAUCUGAUCAAUAUUCUUGUUCGAAUUAUCGGAUGCUUUUGAUGAUGGCUUGGCGUCUCGUAAGUAACACACGUCACCUUCGCAAACGUACUGGCUCCUCUCCGGCUGCUCAGAAAAGCAUCUCCAAAUGUAGAACAAAGGCAUAUCCAAUAUUCUCGAUUUAUUAACACAGUUUCUGUAUUCGCUCCUUCAGUUCUUCUUCGUCUCUUGUAUAUGUUGGAAUCGCUGGUGUUGGGUGGAGAGAGAUUUAUAUACGCGUGAAAAAAGCAAACCAACUAUUGGCUACAAGCAUUGAUUUAUUACCAGCAAUUCAUUGACAAAAGUUGGGAGGGUAUUAUUAAACGGUCAAUAAAAGAAGGCUGUGCAUGUAAUGAAAAAUCCACUUUAUUGUUGAUAUUUAGUUAGUUGUUUGGCCUUGGGAAUUUGGUUUUGUCAAGCUGUGUGGAUCUACGUUGUGGAUUGUCACACGUUUUUCAUCCAAUAACCAAUGGUUUAUAAAAUCACGUGCUAUUGAAUUUUAAUUAAUGUCUUGAUUUUGACCAACUGGCAAAAUGGCCUUAUUUCUGUUUACACGGCGGGCAUUUAUUUUUUUUUUUCUCUUUUUAAAUUAUUACGUAUUAAAUGAUUCAAAAUUAUGGUUCCAUCAAGAAAAUAUAACAAAAUCAAGAAUAAAAGCCAAACUUAUACUGUUAAUGGGAGAUUUGCUUGGUCAAAAUCAAGAAACUGAAAGUCAACUGGGUACGAAUCUGGUCUAGUUCACAGCAAAAGCUCCGAGCUGAACCCAUCACUAAAAUUUGAGAAAUUAAGCGUAAAAAUAACCGACAAGACGAUUAGAAUAGAAGAACAAGCAAAGUUAACUACUUCCGUAAAAACUACGUUAAUGAGAAACUGGAAAAAUAUAUUAAAAGUCUGCCAUAAAAUAACCAUUCAAAUGCAAAUUAAGUUAAAACAUCAUUCUACGAGAAACGGAAAUAAA